AAUGAAACAAACUGAAAAUAAAUCAGUUUUAUACCAAAAAUGCAAAAUUUGAUUAAUCUCGUUGGAUUAUACAACAUCAAAUGCAGCAUGUAUUGCAAUACAAUUAUUAAAUAUUCUAUUAAAACACAAAACACACACUAUGAUUGUUUCAUUGUUAACUAUAUUUGAACAAAAGGAGGCUGUUGACUUGCUCCCUCUUUUGAUGAUUCAAUGACAAAUUAUUGUUUCUUCUUGCAAUGAUUUUGAGUCUCCAUCUCAAUGUUUUAUUAUUAUUAUUAUUAUUAUUAUUUUUAACUCAGUAGCGUGGUUUUAAGGCAUAUUAUCAAACACAUUAUUAAUUAGCUGAUAACUCUAAUUAUCAUUAACAAAUAUUUGAAGUAGCAAAUUAUGUGCUAAUCAAAAUAAAAAUUCAAAGACUGAAAAUCACCCCAUUACCAAAUGAGACCUAUAAAUAUAUAAAGGGUUACGUAGACUUAGUCCCCAUGAACCAUUACACAUUUUGCACUUACAUUUCAAACUUCAUAAGGUGUCACAUUACCCUUUGAAAUAUUUUUAUUUUUAUUACUUUUUAUCAGAUUUUAGUCCAGUUCUUUAAUUUUGUCUAUUAAAUUUGGCAAAAUGGAGUACAGAUCAGUUAAAAAUGAAAUAAAACAGAACAAUUCUCCAAUAGAGUUAUAUUAGCUUGUAUAAUUAAUUUAAUGUAAUUCAUCUGUCCAAAAUUUAUAAUUGGACUAAAGUAACAAAAAACAAUAGGUAAAAUGUAAAACAUGUAAUAGUUGAGGGGCUAAGUGUAUCUUACACAUAAAAAAAUUAUUUUUAUUUUAUUACUCAGUGGUAGCUUUGCAGAAAGAAAACUCCAUGGUGAUCAUCAAACGACAUCAUAUAAUGGUCCCUUUCAGCUGCCAUUGGGCUUGUUGGUGAGCGGAAGAGCAGAAUCCCAAAUCCAAAGUUUGACAGAAAAAGAAAGUAAAGCUGUUAAUCAAACACAUUAUUCACUACCCUUCUUGAAAACCCGGUUCAAUAGCCUUCGGUGAAUCACUUCUUAAUCUCUACCGGAUAGCUUUAGUUUGUGUUCCAUUCAUAUGCGGGGAUGAUGUUUGGUUUUUGUUCUUAAAGACUGCAUUCGUUUGUUCCAAUAUAUAAAAUUGUUAGAGGUUCAGAAAUUGGUUUAUGUAUUCUUCAAGGUUCACAGCUUCCACCAGAACCUUUCUCAUCUGCAAAACCACAAGAGCAAAAACCAGAACAAGAGCAUUCUAUCAAGGUUUCGCACCUCAUAAAAUCAUGCGGAUUGAUGCCAGAAAUUGCUUUAUCUGUGUCUGAGAGGAUAAACAUUGAAACCCCAGAAAGACCUGACUUGGUGCUUGGUCUUCUCAAAGACCAUGGUUUCACCAACACCCACAUCUCUAGACUCGUUAAAGAUGUGUCCAUCUUUGCUUUUAGUCAAUGCCGAGAAGACCCUUUUAACUUUGCUAUAAAUGUCUCAAUCUUGAGGGCGCUGGGAGUGACACAUUCCUUUAUUUCUGCAUUGAUAACUGGCCAUCCGUAUGCUGCCUGCCGCAAAACUAGCAUGCUUGAGAAGAUGUUGAGAAGGUCAUUGGUGAAUUUUAGGAGUAAAAUGGAUAUUUUUGUAAACAAACUGGGUUUCAGCCUGGAGACAUGGCCAGAGUUCCAAGUUUUGGAGAAGAGGAUAAUACCAAGAUGUUCUGUUAUCAAAGUCCUGCUCUCCUAGAGGACUUGUUGAAAGAAAAGCUUGCCAUGUCCACUAUGCUGAUAGAAUCAGAUAAUGCCUUUUUGAACAGGUUUGUGACAACAUAUCAAGAAACUUUGCCUCUCCUGUUAGAUAUUUUUGAUGGGAAAUUAUCUUUUGUACAAUUUAAAAAAUUAUAGCAUCAAGCAUUCUAUUUCAUCGCACUCCCACUUUCAUUCUUGCUUCAUGCUGACGCCAGUUUCCUGAAGUAUUUCUUGGCAAUACUGAACAUUUUCCACCUUACAUUAAAAGAUAAUCUAAUCUAACAUGUAUUAGAAAUAUUUUUGUCCCCCUUCACUCCUUUAAAUAUUGGCAAAAGAAACAGUUAUUCUUGGUCCUUGAUGAAGAGCGUGCAUGAAAUUUUAAUUGCUUCUCAUAUUCAUAGCAUGCAUUAAAUGAGAAGAUGCAAAGAAAAGUUGCUCCAAAUUAUCUGUGUGGAGAUUAUUUGGUGUGGCACAGUCCUUCUUCUUAUAGGAAAAUGUGUAGAAAGUGAUUAGUAUGUUCCACCCUGUUCAUUGUGAUAUUUACGAAAUCAUUUGCAAUUGAUAAAUUAUUUCUCUGGCAAGAAAAUCUGCAAUGGGGAAGAGAUUGGACUUUUACAAAAAGCAUUGCUGGCUAGAAGAUUAUAUCUUAUCUGCUUACAGGAGGAGUCUGUUGAUUAUAGGUCAGCAGAGGAGAGGGUUUUAAGCAAAUUGGAUUCAUUAGUGAUGUUGUCCUUUUAAAGGUUUUGAUAUUGGAAAAGUUUCUUUCAUUCUAAGGGAUGCUUCUUGGAGAGAAUUGUAGUGUUAAUGUUAUUAUUAUUAUUAGUAGUAUUAUUUGGCUAUUAUAGUGCAUUAUUUUAAUUUUGUUGUUUUAUGGACAAUUUCUUUCAUUGAACUUUUUGCUAAAGUGGUUUAAAUUUGUUUGUGUACGGAUUCUAAAUGCUAACUGGUAUUAUAUCUUUCCAAUAGUUGUAACUUGGCAGUGAUGUUGGAUUCAAACUAAGCUUGGAAAUAGUGUUUUCUAAAGUAGCCCUUUGAAUUCCCAUGGCUAGCUUUUCUCCAUCUGUUUGAUUGAAAAAAAAAAAAAAAAAAUUGUCAUAAUCAUGCUUUUUGAAUGGAAAUUGGAUACAUCAUACUUGUGUGUGGACCUCGGAAUUUAAUAUCCUCAAAAAGUAUUUACAGUUCAAUUAAAUUGGCCUUAAUUACAUUUUUUUUUAUUUUUUUAAAGAUAAAUGGCCUUACUGAAGAAAUAAUUUUUUUUGGAUAAGAUGAAUAAAUAAAUUGAGAGCAUGUUUUAAUCAAAACUUAGAUUGACGGUUUGUUAGUAGAACUAAAUUAGUAUAGUCUAAAUAAAUUGAUAAGUGAAGUCAAUUAAAAAAUAUAUUAUAUAAGUUAAAUUUUCUAAAAAAUAUAUUAUAUUAGUGUUUCUGCUCACUCAAAUAUUAAUCUUGUCAAGUUGUUCUGUUACUCAGCAGUCAGCUCACCCAAAAAAAGCCAAAAAAAAAAAAAAAAAAAAAAGCCUAGUAGUAUUACUAUUUUAAGGAGGAGGGAAAAAAAAAAAAAAAAGAAAAAAAAAAGGAAGAAGCCCUAGCAGUAUUGCUAAUGAAAACGGCGACGUAUAAUGUUCCUCUUAAUUUUCAAGUCUGAACCGGUGGCCAACUGAUCUCCCCUCGUUCAGUUUUUUCUCAUUCAGCUCUCAUGGGCUUUGCUGGUGAGCCGAAGAGCAGAAACCCAAAUUCGAAGUUUGCCGGAGAAAGUGAAACUCUUGAUCAAACGCGUUAUUGAAUUCCACCCAGUUCAAUGUCCUUCGGUGAGUCACUUCUCGAUACGUGCAAGUAUCUUUGAUUUUUGUGUUCUUUAUAUAUGCCCGAAAGAUGUUUGGUUUUUGUUCUAAAAGACUGCAUUCCCUUGUUCCAAUAUGUAAAAUUGUUGGAGAUUCUGGGAUUUUUUUGUGUAUUCUUCAAAGUUCAAAACUUUCCCAGAAAUCUUUCUUGUCGAACACACCAUUGUCGUUAGCUGCUGAUAAAUAUAAACCACAUGAACAAGAGAACUCUUUUAAGGUUUCAUACCUCAUAAAAUCAUGUGGGUUGACUCCAGAAAUUGCUCUGUCUGUGUCUCAAAGGAUAAACUUUGAGACCUCAGAAAAACCUGACUUGGUGCUUGGUCUGCUCAAAGACCACGGUUUCACCAACACCCACAUCUCCAGACUUGUUAAGGUGCGUCCGACUUUGCUUGUAGUCAAUGCUGAGAAGACCCUUUUGCCUAAACUUGAUUUUUACCGUUCUAUAGGCCUUUCUGGUGUAGACCUGGCCCGAGUUGUCAUAUGGAAUCCUUGUCUUUUGACAAGAAGCUUAGAGAAAUGCAUAAUUCCUUGUUAUGAUAUCCUUAAAAGUGUACUUAUCCUUGAUGAAAAAGUUGCUAAGUUCUUUGGUCGCUCAUCGUGGAUAUUGCUGGACAAUGUGCAGAAGAACUUUGCUGUCAAUGUCUCCGUCUUGAGAGCACUGGGAGUACCACAGUCCUUUAUUUCUGUAUUGAUAACCUGCCAUCCGUAUGUUGCCUGCCGUAAAACUAGCAUGUUUGAGAAAGAUGUUGAGAAGGUCGUUAAUAUGGGAUUUAACCCUUUAAAGAUGAUAUUUAUAACUGCUUUACAUGUGAUUUCUUGUGUGGGUGAAUCGUCAUGGGCACAGAAGAAGGAAAUAUAUAAGCAGUGUGGCUGGACAGAAAAUGAUUUCUUGACAGCGUUUAGAAAGGAUCCCAUGUUUAUGGCAUUAUCGAAGAAGAAUUUUAGGAGUAAAAUGGAUGUUUUUGUAAACAAAAUGGGUUUGCAGCCUGCAGACGUGGCUAGAGUUCCAAGUAUUCUAAAAUAUAGUUUGGAGAAGAGGAUCAUUCCAAGAUGUUCUGUUAUCAAAGUCCUACUCGCCAAGGGCUUGAUGAAAGAAAAACCUGCCUUGUCUUAUGUGCUGAUAGAACCUGAUGAAGCCUUUAUGAACAGGUUUGUGAAAAAACAUCAAGAAAAUGUGCCUCUUCUGUUGGAUAUCUUCCAUGGGAAAUCGUCUUUUCUGUAACUGUGCUUUGGAUUUGAAUAAUUAUAGCAUCAGCCAUUUCUUAUUGAAUUGA